UGCGCGCUACGGAAGCCGAGAGAGACUCAGGGCGGUUACAGGUGCAGCAGCCGCAGCGGCGAUGGCUGCGGAUGGUGAACGCUCCCCUCUCCUGCCAGCCGAGCCUGGCGAUGGGAGCGGCCUCGGCUCCGGAGGCUUGGUGGGGCCGGCGGGUCUGGGGUCGGGACCCGCCUCGACUGCUCCGGGAAAACCCAACCCACCACAGGGAUUUUCCUCUUUCAGCAGUCUCGAUGGGACCCAAGCAGCCGUACUGCCUGCAGAAGAUCCCCCACCCUAUUCCCCGAUGGCGUCGCCGGAGAGCGGCAGUGCCCCUAUGAUCACUUGCCGAGUCUGCCAGAGCCCCAUCAAUGUGGAGGGAAAGAUGCAUCAGCAUGUGGUAAAGUGUAGCGUUUGCAAUGAGGCCACGCCGAUUAAAAAUGCCCCACCUGGUAAGAAGUAUGUCAGAUGCCCUUGCAACUGUCUUUUGAUCUGUAAAGUGACCUCACAACGCAUUGCCUGUCCACGGAUAUAUUGUAAAAGGGUCAUAAAUUUAGGGCCCGUUCACCCUGGCCCUCCGAGUCCCGAGCCUCAGCCCACAGGUGUGCGUGUCAAUUGCGGCCACUGCGAAAAUAAUUUCCUGUGGACAGAAUUCACCGAUCGCACUUUAGCCCGAUGCCCGCACUGCCGUAAAGUCUCUUCCAUCGGGCGCCGCUAUCCGAGGAAAAGGUGCUUAUGCUGUCUUCUGUUGGGCGUGCUGAUGGCCGUGACAGCAACUGGGUUGGCGUUUGGUACCUGGAAACAAGCCCAGCAGUACAGGGGUGUCUAUGCUGCCUGGGCUGUGGUGAUUUUCCUGUCUUUGGUUUUCCUUGGCCGAGGUAUGUACUGGGCUUGUAUGAGAGUCAGCCACCCUAUCCAGAACUUCUCGUGAGCCGCUUCAAGGUCUUCAUCAUUUCCCACUGCUGCUCCACCACCUCAUACCCGGGGACCCAGAGCCCGUCUUUUCCCCUCCGCUUCCAUUUGAAGUUGGGUCUGCCGUGCCACCUUCUUGCUGUGCCCGCUCCCGGCGUCGUCAUCUGAGUAACUAUGGGACAACCCUGAUAUCUACCAGUCUUCUUCCAUCUCUGUUGCUCUGAGCCAGGAUUGAUGGCAAAAGAAAGUACAAUUUGACUCCAAAGGAGCCGAAGAUCCAGUUCUGCUGGGUUCUGCUAUCCCUGGCAGGCGGGGGUGGGGUAGGCGAAGUUCCUAUGGAUCCUGCAAGUUAACAGAACACUAAUCGUUCCCAAAAGAAAAAAACUUGAACGCAGCUGAGAUGGUUUGGCAUCAAACCACCGGCGGCUGUUGCGGUGACGUUUGGAGAUGACCCAGCCCAAACAGCGGAUACCCCUUGAGAUUACACUACAAUUCUUCAGCGGGGGCACUUCACAAAAAUGGGUGUUUUCAGGACUCUGUUCUCAGCUCCCAUCGGAGGUUGCUUAAAAAAAUUUUUCCUGGUCGAGAGGGGAAGGCAAAAGAAAUCGCUGCUGUAUUGGUUUUUUUUUUUUUCCUUGUUUUUUUUUUCUCAUCCUGUGGUCUGUAAUGUGGGGGGUAGCUAAAAGCUGCAAGGUUUCGAGGAUCGAAGCAGUUUCCACAAUCCUCAAAAUGUGAAUGGGGGCCCCGGGGAAUGAGAGAAAGCCCGUUCCAUAAAGGCUAGUACCACAGCCCCGGGAUUGGUCCAGAUGCUUGUUUAAUGAAUUUCAGCCCUUACCUCCCCCUUUCUGUGAUCUACAGUGUGAGAUCCAGAGGUCUUCCGCUAAAGAAGUUUAGCUUUGUUAACUGUGGGACUCAUCUCUUAUCGUUUUCUUAAUCUUUGCACAUUCCUCGAAGGAGCUACUUCCCCGUUUCUUCUCCAACAAUCCAAACUCUGGAUGGGGCGAGAUGAGAGCAGCCUUGGGAACCAUCAUGUCUCUCUCUCUCUCUUUAAAGAGCCCUUUCUAACCAUGGCUACGGUAUUUGUUGUUUUUGUUCGAAAGGUUGAAGGGAGAACUGCUGGCCAACACCACCCGCAGUUGAUUGAGAGCUGGGAGGGGAGAUUUAUCUCAACCUUGACUUGAGGCGCAGAACUAUCUUCUUCCAGAGCCUACUAAAUCAGAUUUUCUUCUCUUCUUUUGUAUUACUAGUUGAUGACAUAGACCGAAGGGGGAGGAAAAUGGUGCAUGCACUCUUGUCAUAGAGAGGAAAGGACUCCCCGAGUCAUGCAAGCAAAGACAUUCCGCUUAGGGAAAUAUCUCAAUCCUGGUGCGAACCUGGCUUGAUUUUUCUCAGUGCUAGUCCUCUCCCCUCCUUCCUCCUUGGCCUCAAGAUUUUAAUUCUCCCACCUUCGUGGCAUCGAGCUUAUAGCCUCAAGCCUGUUGCAGCUUGUAUAUAAGGAGUAAAAUGUACAUAGAACUAUUUAAGAUAACUUCUCCGUGUUGGCUGCCUGCUUGCCUGCCUUAUGUGCUUGCACCGUAUGUCUGUCUCUUUUUCAGCCAUGAUUGAACAUGUCUGUUGUCCUUUUCCUUCUCUUCCACAGGCACAAUUGGAUGAUUGUAAAUAAAUAAAACGUCACUAUUGCAUAUCUGA